GCAUGGCAGAUGUAAUGGGCGAGACGGGCGAGCUGGUGAGUAACGGCACGUGGGUCGGGGAGGUCCUGCUGGAGGAGGGCGCGGCGAACGCGAGUGCGGGGGACGCGGCGGGGGCGGCGGGCGGCCCCGAGUGGGCGGGGCUGACGGUGGCCAUGGUGAAGGGCGCGUGCAUGGCCGUCAUCAUAGUGUGCGCCGUGCUGGGCAACCUGCUGGUGGUGGUGAGUGUGGUGCGUCACCACCGCCUCCGCAUCAUCACGAACUAUUUUGUGGUGUCUCUGGCAGUGGCGGACAUCCUGGUCGCCCUGAUGGCCAUGCCCUUCAACGCCAGCGUGGAACUCACGGGCCGCUGGCUGUUCAGUUACCGCAUGUGCGAUCUGUGGAACUCUUUUGACGUGUACGCGUCCACGGUGUCCAUCCUCCACCUGUGCUGCAUCAGUAUUGACCGCUACUACGCCAUCGUGCGUCCUCUCGAGUACCCGAUGGUGAUGACGGAGGCCCGCGUGGCCAUCAUGCUGUGCCACGUGUGGCUGGCGCCGCUAGUCAUCUCCUUCCUGCCCAUCUUCAUGGGCUGGUACACCACGGCGCAGCACCUGGCCGAGCGCGCCGCCGACCCCUCCCUCUGCGUCUUCCAAGUCAACACCACCUACGCGGUCGUGUCCUCCUCCAUCUCCUUCUGGAUGCCGUGCAGCGUCAUGGUCUACAUGUACUACCGCAUCUACCUGGAGGCGGCGCGGCAGGAGCGGAUGCUGCACAGACACACGCGCCUCUCCACCGCGUCCCAGGCCUCGCACGCCGCCAUGGCAGUGUCCACCAACAGCUCCACCGCCACGACCACCACCACGGCCAGCGCGGGCAGCAACGGCGUCGGCUCCGACGCCCACGGCCAGGGGCUGGGUAGCGGGGGGUCGGGGCGCCGCCUCAUGCUGCACCGGCCCUCCAGCGACACGCAGGAGGCCACGCCCACCAAGGAGAGGAACCUGAUCAAGCUGAAGCGCGAGCACAAGGCGGCCCGGACGCUGGGCAUCAUCAUGGGCGCCUUCAUCGUGUGCUGGCUGCCCUUCUUCACGUGGUACGUGAGCGUCACGCUGUGCGGCGAGGCGUGCCCCUGCCCCGAGAUCAUCGUGUCUAUCCUGUUCUGGAUCGGCUACUCCAACUCCAUGCUCAAUCCCGCCAUCUACGCCUACUUCAACCGCGACUUCCGGGAGGCCUUCCGGCGGACGCUGCAGUGCGUGUGCCGGUGCGGGCGGCCCGAGGACCCGUGGCGGGGCCAGCUGGGGCCGCCCUACGACUCCGACCUGUGUCUGCAGCACAACGGCCACUCCACCGUCAUCAAGGCCAAGACGCGGCGGUUCAGCAGCGAGUGCGGCGUGUAGGGGCCCGGUCCUGCUGUGCACAGAAUAGAGUUUAUUUUGGUAGAUGUUUCCAGUGUAGGAUCCUCUAUGUGCCCCGAGCGGUGAUAAUGACAAAGUGUAUUAGAUCUCAUAAAUACAUAUGUAUUGACUUA